AAACAAAUGCACAAUGUUUACACGUGUACAGCAUAGUCUUGCAUGUAAAAGUCAAUUUUGGAUAUUUUACAAGCUAUGAUUUAGGAUUUAUAUACAUCGAGAUGUGAUUUGAUGAGUGUAACAUGGACGCAAAAGUCAUAUUAUUGGGAUGCAUCACUACCUAUACGAUUCUCCUUAUCGUCGUACUGAUUAAGCUGAGCAGUUCUCCAACUAUCGUUGCUAAAGCUCCGGUAGGUCAGACUGCCGUUGUCGGGGACACAUCUCCCGUUACCAUGGCAAACAGUCUUGUCUCGAAUCGUUACUUUAUGAUGUCGAAUAAGUCUUCAAAUGCAACAACCAUCGUUGAGACUCAAGAAAUGUUGGUUCGUCGUGAAAAUCAUGACGUCACACCUAGUGCUAUGGCAAGAACGGAGCCCCAAAAACAAACAAGGAAACAUUACGUCUCCUGUAAGUGGCAUUACCUUGACGGUUUGGGUAACCAAAUGUUCCAAUAUGCCAGUGUGUACGGGAUUUCAAGGGCAAAUAAUCUCACUAUUUUGAUGCCUGAAUUUAUCGAUAUGGGGCAAAGAAUUUUCUCUUUAACUGCGGAGAGGACAAAAUCCAAAUCGCAGCAACCUGGGUUUAAAUGGAAAAAGCACUGGACAGGGAGGGAGUGCUGCAAAUUUCACAAAGACACGAUGGUGAUGUACAAGUCACCCCAUUACCGUGAUAGAGAUAUCGAAGUGAGGGGUUAUAGACAAUCAUGGAAAUAUUUUAAAAAUUUUGAGGAUGAAAUUCGGAAAGAGUUUACAUUUCAAAAAACAAUUCAACAACAGGCAAAUUAUUACCUGGAGGUUGUUAUGAAACAGACAUUUGGUAAUAUUCCUAGAGAAAAUGUAACGCUUGUCAGUAUACAUGCCAGAAGAGGCGAUAUGAUGGGUAAAAAUAAAGAGGAGUAUGGGCAGAUCAUUUCAACAGCAUCAUAUUUCAACCGUGCAAUAGACUAUUUCAAUACACACUUAAAUAAAUCUGAGAACCUUCUGUACAUCGUGUUCAGUGACAAUAUUGAGUGGUGUAUGGAAAACCUCACACGUAGCGAUAGUAAGAUUAUAUACAGUAGAAAUAAUACAGCUGACGUGGACCUUGCAGUUAUGGGACAAUGUGACCAUAGCGUCAUGUCAAUUGGGACAUUUGGUUGGUGGGGGGCAUGGUUGGCAGGGGGCGUUGCAGUAUACGAUCAAAGAUGGCCGCGCCCAGGUUCACCAUUAGCGAAAAACGUUAAUAAAGAAGAUUAUUUUUACCCUGGUUGGGUGCCAUUAUGAUUAUGUUUAAUUAAUAAAACAACUAGUUUUUCCCAUAGUAAGCUAACCCAGUUUUAUCGACUUGUGGAGCUUGUGGAGGUCAGAC